CGUUUGUGCCUUGGUGCUUGCCGUUGACUUUGUGGAACGGUAUGCGCGAGGAAUGAUUUUUGUGCCAAUAUUUAUUCUAUUUGACCGAAUUGUGCGUUACCGUAUACCGAAAGGCGUUCAUAUUGUUCGAAUUUAGCAUUUCGCGUAGCUGUGAUCGAGUGGCCUGUGUUUUUUCGGUGUGAUUACGUUUAACCAAAGAGGAUUAUUUGAUACGAUUUCCAGGCAGGAUAUACACGCAUUCGGAGCCCCUAAAGCUGAAAGAAUUCGGCUGAUCGAGUCAGGGGAUUAAAAUGCAGUGUGUGGAGUCGAGGGGCGCCGCGGGGCAGGGACUCGGCGGCUCGGCCCGCCGGCUUACCGGAUGGCGACUCCAAUGAGAUCGAGCUCGCAGGAAGCGCCGGGCCACCGAGCGAGGGUGGCGGACUCCUCAAGGAGCGCGAACGCCACGGCGAAGUCUUCGGAACAUCACCAACACCACCACCAUCACCACCAUCACCACCAGCAGCAGCAGCAUCAGCAGCAGACGAACGCGAACAGCCCUGUAACCGCCACCGUUACCACCAGCAGCAGCAGCAGCGGCGGCGGCAGCACCGCUGCGUCUAACGCCACCUCUUCGGGGGCCGGUAAUAGUUCGGUCGCGGCUCAUCAUCAUCCUAACGCGACCAACGCCAAUUUCGAAUACGAUGACAACGAAUGGGAUAUCGGAAUUGGUGAUUUGAUAAUUGACUUGGAUGCAGACAUAGAGAAAACGAACGACCAGUCGGGGGGCAUGGCGGCGAACGCCGGUUCCGGUGGAGCGCAAGCCUCCAAGGCCCAAGCGACGGCUAAAAUGCACAUCGAGCAUUCGGCGACCGCCGACAAGGGAUUGAAAAUGAAGAUCAAACGCACCAAGCCGGGCACCAAGACGUCGGAAGCGAAACACGAAAUCGUCAAGUCCAACGAACAGAACGGCGUCGCCGAUCAGGGCGACGCGAAGGGCGUCCAGAAGCACGGCGCGAACGCCGCCGUGAAUUCGGCGACGAACGCGCUGAGCCCGUCGGGCGUGGCGGCGGCCGCCGCCGCAGCCGCCGCCGCCGUCGUUUCGACCACCAAGCGCGGUUCGAGCGGCCAUCGGCGCGACAAAGUUCGCGACAAACACUCGUCGUCGUCGUCGAAUUCCUCGAAUUCCUCGUCGUCCAGUGAUAAAUCUAGUUCUAGUAGCCAGUCGAAGGGGGCGACGGCGACGGCUUCCGCUGGUUCCGGAACCGCCGCCGGCGCCGUCAGCGCGCCCGAAAUGAACGGUUUAGUGCGGAUCAGUGCGCCGCAAACCGGCCCGCCUCGGUCGGUUUUUCCGGCGAGCACGGGUCCCGGACCGCCGGGACCGGCAGCCGCCGGGCCGCCGGCUAGCCCGGCGGCCGCCACCGCUCCGGGUUCGGCGUCCAAACCGGAGCAGGCUAAGGUGUCUUCGGCGACGACGACGGCGCCCGCCGCCGGCGGUCAGGUGCAAUCUUCGAAUGCCAUCGUCGCGGAAGAGAGCAGGAGCUCGUCACCGACUCCGCCGCCUACCAAGAAGAUCAAAACAGAAUCAAAGGAGGUAGCCGAUGUUUGUGUCGGCACCAGCGUCGGAACGAUAACGGAACCCGAUUGCCUUGGGCCCUGCGAACCCGGCACCAGCGUCACUUUGGAGGGCAUAGUCUGGCACGAAACCGAAGGAGGUGUACUCGUCGUGAACGUGACAUGGAGGGGUAAAACGUAUGUAGGAACUCUUCUCGAUUGCACCAAGCACGAUUGGGCUCCGCCAAGAUUCUGUGAUUCACCUACGAGUGAUUUGGAUAAUAGGACACCAAAAGGAAGAGAAACCCGAUCGUCGGUACACAGCAAACUCCGCAACGGAGGCGGCGGCAACAGCGGCCCCGUGGGAGUAAAAGGCCGAAGAGGCGGCGCCGCCAACGGCACCGGUUCGUCGACGGCGCCGUCGUCUCCCACCCCCUUCAUCUCGCCGCGCGUCGACUCGACGAACAAGCGGAAAAGCCGCGCCGGCGAAGAGGAGGCCGCCCCGCAGCCCGGCGGCGCCGUCAAGAAGCCGAAAGCGUCGCCGGCGCCGACGGCGACGGCCGCCCCACCGGCCCCGUGCGCCAGCCCGCCGCCCUCGCCGGUGCUGCUCGAAUGCCCCGAACCGAAUUGCUCGAAGAAGUACAAGCACAUCAACGGCUUGAAGUACCACCAGUCGCACGCGCACGGCUCCGCCGACGACGACGACGCCAAGGACGUCACCUCGAUGUCGGAGAACGACGAGUCGAACAUCGAGGCGCCCAGCCCCAGCAUGGUGGCCGUCAAGUCGCCGGAGAAGAGCCAGGACGGGCCGCUGACGCCGCCGCAACCGAAGAAGGAGGAGUUGCCGUUGUUGCUCAGGGGCGCGAAUCUGCUGGAGGUGUCCAGCCAGCCGGGCACGCCCAGGAGUACGCCGCCGUCGCCGGCCACGCCGCAGGGCGUGCAAGAGUUGCCGCCGGUCGCCAGUUCACCCACCGUGCCUAUCGUCGAACCGAAAAGCGUCGUCAAACCCGGCGUCUUGAGAUAUACUUCGCCCGACGAGUAUCCCGUCGGCGUCGGGCUGUUCUCGGGAAGCAAACCUCAAGUUCAAGGAACGCCGAUAUCGAAUUCGAACCAACUGUCGACGGCGCGAGCCGGCUCGGCGCCGUUGGACCAAUUGGGCGGCCAGCCGGAGCCCGCGCCUCAACCGCAGUCUUUCAGCAACCAGUUGCAAACGCAGUCGAACGUGUCGGCCGCGUCGUUCGCGCAAUCGCCUUCCAUCAUUAUACCAUCGCAAAACAACGCCAACAACGCCGGCCAGCCGCUGUCGCCGCACCACAACAUGCCGCCUAGUCCCAAGAUAUCCCAGUUCAAAGUGAAGCCGACGUCGGCGCUGAUGCCCGACGACAAGAAGCAGCAGCCGCAGAGCCUGACCGGCUGCAAUAAGACUCACAAUUUCUCGAAGAAGAAGAACAGGAAGUCGCCGGGCGGCAGUCCGCACCCGCCGCAGGCCGAGCAGCCCAUUUUCGGGUCGACUGAACAGACCGGUAGAGACGAAGUGCAAAGUCCCGCGUAUUCGGACAUAUCUGACGACGGUGCUCCCGUAAUGGAAACCGACAUGACUGAAAAAAAUAAGAGCCAAGACAAGAAGGCGGAGACCGGCCAACCGUUAGCCCAUAUGCCCCAGUACGGUAUGUACCAUCCUUUCUACGGGCACCACAACCAGUACCUGGUGCCGUCGACGCCCGAAAGCAAAGCGAAAGAACCCGAAAAACCUAGUGAAAAGGAACCGACGAAAGACGGUAAAAAAGACAGCGAUUAUCCCCCGAAAGUGAUACCUCAGCACUAUUACCCUUACGGAUAUGUUCCUGGUUAUGCCUAUAAUAUGGAUUCCAAUUACGGUGGCGUUCAAAUGGUACAAGACGAUAAAAUCAAAGAAGAAAGAUUGAAAGAAAGCCCUAGUCCCAUCGAGCAAAACGUCAAACAACCGACGCCCAUACCGAAUCCCAUUCAAGUGCCUACGCCCGGCAAGGUAAAAGAUUCCAGCCACAAGGACAAACACCAAAACGACAACCAUCAGAUACUGAAAGAGAGCAUAGAAAUCAAGAACCAAAUGAACCCGUACAUGUACUCGCGGCAAUCGCAACAGCAGAUGAACCAGCAGCAGCAGCAACAACAACAACAGAUGAGCCAGCAGCAACAGCAACAACAACAACCGUCUCAUCAACAACAACAGCAGCAGCAGCAACAAGGACACCACGGGCAGAGGGACGACGACGUGCGCAGGUUCUACGUGUACUCGGAUCAGAGGCGCAAGGAAUCGCAAUCGAUGUCCGAUCACAAAUCCAAUACAGGUUCUAGUAAGGUACAAAUGCCUCCGAGUCCGAGCAUCAAACAAAAAGAGAUUAAAAUGGAGGAGAAAAAAGACAAAGAAGUGAAACAAGAAGGUGUAAAACCGACGAUGGAGACCCAAGGUCCUCCGCCGCCGCCCACCUCCCAAUACGCUUACAUCCACCCGAGCUACAUGCAACAAGCCCACUACGGCGCCCUGCCGUUCGAUCCCAACCACCCGAUGUACAGGGGCAUCAUGGUGCCCGGUCCCUACAGCGGCCCCUACCUCCAUCCGCCCAUCCAAAGGUAUCACGCCCCUGAAGACCUGUCGCGGCCACCACCUCCGACCAAAGCCCUCGACAUGCUCCAGCACCACGCCACCCAAUACUACUCGUCGCACAAGAUCCACGAGCUCCAAGAGCGCGCCAUCAAAUCGCCGACGCCUAAGACCUCCAUGGCCAGCUCCAGCCCGUCGACGAACAGCGGCGGCGGCCAGGGCGGCGGCGGAGGAGGAGGCAGCGGCGGCGGCGGUCCCGCGUCGCAGGGCGGUCCCCAGGCGGCCGGGCAAGUGCAAAUGAACGCGCCGCCGACGUCGCAGCCGGGCGGCAUGCCGCCGUCGGGCGGCAAACAACCCGCCGGCGAGGGGAAGGAGUCGAGGUCGCCGCCUCCGCAGCGGCACGUUCACACGCACCAUCACACCCACGUCGGGCUCGGGUAUCCCAUGUAUCCCGCGCCUUAUGGCGCUGCGGUACUGGCUAGUCAGCAGGCGGCCGCUGUGACGGUCAUCAAUCCUUAUCCGACGAAAUGAGGCUCGUCUUCGUGCUCCUCUUAGCUAUAUCGGACUGUUAAAAACGCAGCAGUGUUGUAGUGUGACUAUAAGCAUUCCAUGAAUUUUUUUAUUUGUCACUUUUUUAUAGUUACGUGUACCCGCUCUGUACUGUUUUCGUUUCGUUUUUUUCGUUUUAUUGUUUGUUUGUUUUUUUUUAUUGUAAUUUCGAAGUUCCCGAUUGACAUUUUUUUUACACGGAAACCGCCAGGAACUUGCGAACUGUUCGGGAGUUGUUUCGUUUCGGGGAAUCUCCAAAUUUUCAAGCUGUAAGAAAAUUAGUUUUAUAAUUGUCAUCGCCACCCUACGAUUCUUCUCCGAUUCGCGAAGGAUCGAAUUCGAUUGGAAAUUUCGAUUUUCCCGGAUGAGAAGAAUUCAGCUGUGCUGCGACGGCGCGCAGAACGUUGUAAAGCAUUAUAAUUAAUAUUAAUUAUUAUUAAAUGUAAAUAGUGUAAUAAAGGCAUAAUGUCUUUUCGAAAAGUCAUGCUAGAGGAAUACUUUGUAGUAGACUGAUGAUACUGACCUAUUAGGUACUGUGUAUUUUUUAAUGUCUUCUUUUAUUAUAAAUCAUUAAGAGACUAGACUUAUCUUAUCGGAAGGUUCAAUAUAGUUUGUACAAAAUCGGUAUUUAUAUUAAUUGUCGUUUGAGCUCUGUAAUAAUGUAACAAAAAUUAUCAAAAUUAAACGAAAGGUACAAAAGGUCAGAACGGUCCAAUGCCUUUAUUAGAACAAACCUAAUAUGUUAAUGAUAUAUCGCUUGAUGUGCUCCUAAUUAAAUGCGAGUUUGUAAACUGUAUUGGAUCUUCGAGAACAACCUUUUAUUUUUUAUUAAAAGAGCUCCAUUCCAGUUUUAAUGGGAUGUUUGUAUCGAUAUAUUACAUUUUUUUUCUCUCUUAAGAUUGAACGCAGUCUGUACAUGUUGUAAUCUUCUGUAAAUAUGCCAUGACAUUUUUUUUAUUGCUAUCGCUGGUGUUUGUCUUGAAUUAAAUUCGCUGGUUUAUAAUUUUUGUGUGUAGCUCUCUUCGAACAAUUACCUCAAAAUAAUAUUCAUAAUUACGGUGCAAUGCAAGGCGAAUUUAUCAUUACAGUAAUUAUAAUUUUGCGAUUCGAAAUUCGACAAACUCCACAAACGUGUUUUGUAUAAAUCUUAAUUGUAUAUUUCGGUGCCUCUUUUUUAUAUUUUAUAGUAGACAAUAAAUAAUAAGGUUAUAAUUAUACGUUUAUUGUUUAUUUUUUUUUCUAUAACAUUGUGUUUGCUAGAUUUCCUUUUAGGGCGUUUGUUCGAUAGUAUUUGUAGAAAAUUACCUUCUGUACAGACCAUGAGAGGCUUUAAUGUAAAGUUGCUUAAUAAAAUCAAUUGAACUGA